AUGGUUAGCUUUAGAAAGCUACCUCUUACGAGUAUCGUCCUCGUUAGCUUUGUAUCUACUCAUGCUCUUCACCUGCGUACAAACGACGAGCCAGACCCCAAUACCGGCCGGUAUAUCGUUACCCUCAGGGAUGGGCUAGAAGCUUUAGCCGUGGAACAACAUGUGCAAUGGGCCACUAGUUUACGCGCCCGUGAUACCGCUGCACCAACAAUCGAGAUAGGAAGCCGAUGGAACAUCGGCUCUUGGAACGCUUACUCUUGUACCAUGGACGGGGAUACUCUUGCUCAGGUUAAUAGGAGCAACGCUGUCAAGUUGAUCGAACCGGAUAGCAUAAUCGACCUCUCUAGACACAUUACACAAGAGAACACAUCUUGGGGUCUAGGUUCCAUCUCUCACAGGGAAACAAAUCACACAGAUUACGUCUAUGACUCAAGAGCUGGCGAGGGUACAUACGCUUACAUCCUCGAUACUGGGCUGCUAACGACGCACGAAGAAUUUAAGGGCCGUGCUUCUUUAGGUUAUAAUGCUGUCGGGGGCGUAUUCGUGGACGAGGUCGGUCACGGAACCCACGUUGCGGGUACGCUUGGUGGCAAGACAUAUGGCGUUGCUAAAAAAGCGAAGCUCAUUUCCGUCAAAAUCUUUGCUGGAUACCGGUCGAGCGUAUCCAACCUCCUCCAAGGGUUCGAAUGGGCUGUUAGCAAUAUUACAAGCGAAAACCGCCAACGAAGCUCAGUCAUAAGCAUUAGUGCGGGAGGUGAAGCCCGAAUAGCUGUUAAUCAGGCAGUUGAAGAAGCGUACAAUUUAGGUGUAUUGACAGUCGUGGCAGCUGGUAACGCAGAUCAAGAUGCGCAAGGUUUCUCGCCUGCCUCAGCCCCAGACGCUAUCACUGUCGGUUCUGUAGGCAGAGAUGAUUCGCGUUCCAUGUUCAGCAACUGGGGUGAAUUGGUUGAUAUCUUUGCCCCAGGCGAAAAUAUCGAGUCCGCGUGGGUUCGCGACAAUCGGGAUACAAGAAAUCUCACCGGUACGAGUAUGUCUACACCUCACAUCUCUGGUCUGAUCUUAUACCUCAAGAGUGUUAUCCCUUAUCGAAUGGAAACCCCUGCAGAUAGCAUCAAGGAGCUGCAGCAGCUAGCAACACACGGAAUCGUGAGAGAUGCUAGGCGUUCCAAUAAUCUGCUCGGGUUCAAUGGCAAUGGUGAGACCAUCCUUGCAGAUGGUUGA